AUGAUCCGAAAUGAUUAUUAUUUAUUUAAUAUUUUAUAUUCAUUAGGUCUAUUAACUAUAAUCAUAAUCACACAACUGACCUACGUUUGAAUUCGUUUGGUCGUUGUUUGUUUUGUGGACAACAUUAAAAAGUGAAAAUAAAAUGGAUUGCAGUGGUAAGAGAAGUAGAAACUUUACCGAACGAGAAAAACUAUUACUCGUGCAAAUCGCCAAAAACUUCCUAGACAUCAUUGAAAACAAAAAAAUAGACAGCGCAACUGUAGCAGCUAAAAAGGAAGCGUGGCUGAGUAUUACACAAACAUUCAAUGCUAAUUCGGACACAGGUCAUAGGACCGACAAGCAGCUCCAUGCUUUGUUCGAUAGCCUAAAGAAAAAGGCAAGAAAAAAUAUUUAUGAUUGUGAAAUGAACAAGUCUGGGGGUGCUACCUUUACACUCAGUGCAACAGAGGUAGAGGAGAAAAUUAUGGAAAUAUUGAAACCACAAAUUCAACUAUUGAAAUAUCAACAUGAUUCAACAUUAGCAUAUCCUGAAAAAGGGUCUGAAGUGAUCCAAACUGGUACAACUGUACAAGUCCAACCUUCAAUUGAUCUCAUUGAAGAUACACAUGUAAUUUCUAAUCUAGAGAAUCAGCCUUCAACUUCCUCAGAAGUCACACCAGAACCUUCUGAAAUAUCCUCUGAAGAGAGAAAAAGUUGUAGAAUGACACGCGCUGGAAAAAGAAGAAAAACAAUUAAUUUAAUUUGGGCUUCGAUAGUGAGGAGGAGAUCUCUCAAACAAAAGAACGAGGAUUCUCUGGCCCAAAAAAAAAUGGAAUUACUCCAGCUUCAAAUAGAUAGAGAGCAACUGAUGUUAGCUAAGGAGCAAGUGACAUUGGAUAAGACACGGGAAAUGUUAGAGGCUGAUCUACAAUUGAAACUGCUGAUGAUUGAACACUCCAAAUUAGAAUUAGAAAUUAAAAAACAAAAAUUGUUACGAGGUGCUAUUUGAAGUCGUGCAACCAGGCUAGAAUAGAAAAAUUCUGCAUAAAAUUUCCAUCCCCGUAUGAUAAGCAACAUAGGAGAGCGAAUUUUACAGAAUGGUUAACAGAUGAAACAUUUAAUGGGAUUCGGCAACAAUUUCUGGGUGAGCAAAGAAAUUACUAAAAUUUCAUGUGGACAUAAUAAAUUCGACCAAUGAACUGAACAACACAAGCUGCUGUUGAAAAUGUGGUCAAGUUGCGGUCUGCAAUGAGAACUUCCAGGCAAAAAACAAAUUAGUUUCUUCGGUAGCAGCUAGGAAACUGGUUAUAUUUCCUUAACACAAAUGAAGACCGUUUAACUUCUUACUAGAGUCAAGUCGAAGGAAAUUUGGGGAAAAAGAUAGCGACAGUAUAAGAGAUUUAUAGCUGUUUUAUUGUUUUCAUUAUAGGUUAUUGUAUCAAAUGAUAAAUAAAUGAAUUUUUCCUAAA